CCCUAAUAAAUAACCAGAGCAAACUUUCGCUUUAGAGAAGUUUAUUUUCAAACGCUGAGGAAGAAGAAAAUACCGAUUAAAAUACAAGAAAAAAACCCACCAACAACAACAACAUGAGGCUGUUCGUCCUGCUCACAGCGGUUAUUUUCGCAUUCUCGCGGAAUACCACAGCUACUCUGUUCGUGAAAGGUCCUACUGAAUCAGUCCUGGAGGGAGAGCGCGUGACUCUGGAAUGUCUUGACUCGGAAUCUGAGCACAACAUGAGCUCAGUGCACUUUGAAAAGAUGUCAAGGCACAUGCACAUGUGGCAUCGGCUGGAUGUAUACGGGUACGGCUAUUACUACCGCCGCUGUUUCGGGUACGAGGCGGACGUGACGAGAGAAGAUGGCCGUCUGCUUCUUAGCUUGGGAAGAGCCCAGACCUGGUCUGCCGGAGUGUACCGCUGUGUGUCCGACAACACCACCGAUGCGGACAAUUCAUCACUGCUUUAUACGCUAACAGUCCACUAUUUGCGAGAAGUGUCGGUGAGCAGAACCGGCACCAACAUGUUCUCUCGCUACCUCACCACACAGGACCACCUGCGUAUACCACUAGGGGACGACGUGGAGCUGGACUGCUCUACCUCUGCCUCUGAGACUCCUCAGUACUCCUGGUUCAAAGAGGGAGAGGACUGGGUGGUUCCAUCCAGUAAGCUAAAGCUGAAGCAAGUGAGGUUGCAGGACAGUGGGGAAUACACCUGCAGGGCUCAGCACCCAUCUGUCAGCUCCCUCACCAAGAAACGGACCAUCAGCCUCACUGUCCUGCCAGAGGACGCUGCCUGGUACGAAUCGACAAAUGCCCAGAUUUAUCUCGGCGUGUCCGCAAUAGUGGUGGUUCUUUUGGUGAUCAUCCUCUCCAUGGCGAUCUUCUUGUGCCGCCGGGCCAGUCAGAACAAGAGCAAGGGACCGAUUGAUGACCACUCCCAGAAGAAGCCUAUCUACAAGAACAGCGUGGAGUCUCUGGCUUCCACUGCCGGAGACAAACAACCGCUGGUGUAAUGCGUGAGAUGGAGAGGGGAGAGAGGUGGAUGAGGACAGAGAGGUUUGAGGUUUAGGAGAGAAAGAACCUGACGGAUUGGAUAAGAAAUGGUUUGCUAGCGAAACACAGACCGUGAAUUGAAUUGAAGACAGUAGGAAAAGAUAGCGAGACAUUAUUGUUUCAUGGCAAUGGUUCCAAUUCAGCAGGUCUGGGAGUAGUACUCUUCAACAAAAGGUGUGCAGUUUUCUCUGUAUCGAUUUCACAACCCACCAAAAUUGAGAUUCAUGCUUGUUGUCAAAGACAGAAACUGAGUAUACUGGUGUGAGCUUUAAAUCUCUGAACUUUUUGAGACAUAACCGUGUGCGAACACUUUCCUGCUAGUCAUUCUUCUAGCCUUGGGUUGUAAACAAUUCUCUUUCACUGUCAGCAUCUUUUUAUUAGAAAAUCAUUCUGUGGUGUAAACAAUAUAAUACAGAAAUUUUAGGUGAAGUGUUUAUUCUUGUUUUUCGACUUGAGUACUUUUACUAUAUGAAACUGUAAGACGAUAUAAAAAUAUGGUAGCACUUUAAAUCUUUUGCACUAUGUUUGAUCAUUCCUUUGUACUUUUGCAAGUUAAUUACAUUAAACAUCUUUUAAAAUGCAUAUCAAA